AUGCCUUUGUGGCGUACCAAAUCCCACCACAGCCAGGCGGAGAGCGAUGCAUCGUCGAUACAACCGGCCGAAUACGCCGAGAACGACCCGGCUGCGUCGGCUUCGCAGGCGGCCGGGACGGCGUGGCUCGCUGGCCACUUGAAUCACCUCACGCCGGACCAGGAGGAGAAGCUGAAGGAGUUCAAGACGCUGUGUGAGCGGAAUGGGUACUAUAAGCCUGAGGGGCAGGGUGAGAGUGGGAAGGCCAGUCAUGAUGAUGCGACUAUGCUGCGGUUUCUGCGCGCGCGUAAGUUCGAUGUGAAUGGCGCUUGGGGCCAGUUCAAAGAUACAGAGGAUUGGCGCAAGGAGAAUGCCAUCGAGGAGCUAUAUGCGAACAUUGAAGUGGACUCGUACGAUGCCGCGAGACGGAUGUAUCCGCAAUGGACGGGUCGUCGGGACCGGCGCGGUAUUCCCAUUUAUGUGUUCGAGAUCAAGCAUCUGAACAGCAAGAAUAUGGCCGCUUAUAAUUCCACGAUGACGGACCCCGCCUCGACGGCAGAGACGCAUCAGUCCUCGACGGUGCCGCAGCGCCUGCUGCGCCUUUUCGCCCUCUACGAGAAUCUCCUCCGCUUCGUCAUGCCGCUAUGCACCCAGCUCCCGCGCCCUCACCCCGAGACGCCGAUCGUCUCGUCAACGAACAUCGUCGAUGUCAGCGGGGUUGGGCUUAAGCAGUUCUGGAACCUGAAGGGGCACAUGCAGGAUGCGAGCGUGUUAGCUACAGCGCAUUACCCAGAAACUCUGGACCGGAUCUUCAUUAUCGGCGCCCCCGCCUUCUUCCCCACCGUCUGGGGCUGGAUCAAGCGCUGGUUCGACCCAGUCACCACCUCCAAGAUCUUCAUCCUAUCCGCUGCAGAGGUAAAACCCACCCUCACCUCCUUCAUGGACCCCUCCAGCAUCCCCAAGCAAUAUGGCGGCGAACUCGACUGGCAGUGGGGCGAUAUGCCGAACCUCGACGAGCCCGCACGCGAACUGGUCGGCGCGCUGGAGAUCCCUCCUGCCGAAGGCGAGACCAAGCCUUCUUUCACCAAGGGGCCCGUCCUGUUCAAGGGCGACCACGUCGAAAUCCUCGGCAAAGUCAACGGCAAGAGCAGACAGAGGACUGUUCCUGUGCCUAUGCCUGCCAAGCAAGAAGAGAACACGAAUACACCGGAUGCAGAACUGGAGGCCAAGAUGGCUGCUACGAGCCUAGCGCCAGCAGCAUCAUCAACAGAGCAAUCCGAGGUCCAGUCGGAGAAUGAAAACGAAAAGGUUGCGUUGGACAAUGUUGCCGCGGAGAAGGUUGCUAACGGGAAUGCUCAGACGGUAUCUGCUUAG